UCAAAGCAGGCAGAGAUAAUUAAGUUCAAGAACCAAUUCGGAGAAGCACAGGCAAAAGAGUUGAAGACAAAACAAGCACAGCUGGCAAAAGCGAAGGCCGAGCCUGAUAUCAACCCGAAUCUGAUAGAAGUAUCCGAGAGAGUGAUCAUCAAAGAAAAACCAAAGGACCCAAUCCCCAAGGUCGAGUGGUGGGAUGUUGUGCUUUUGCCUUCUGGGAACUAUGGUGACAUCAGCGGUGACAGCAUUACUGAAGACGAACUAAAAAUGGAUAAAAUCACAAUAUAUGUUGAGCACCCUUUGCCAAUUGAGCCCCCAGCUGAACCUGCCCCACCACCUCCCCAACCUUUAAAGUUAACGAAGAAAGAGCAGAAGAAACUGCGUACCCAACGGCGUCUCGCGAAGGAGAAAGAUAGACAGGAGAUGAUCAGGCAGGGUCUGUUGGAACCCCCAAAGUCGAAGGUCAAAAUGAGUAAUCUUAUGAAAGUUCUUGGAUCUGAAGUCACACAAGAUCCUACGAGGCUUGAAAUGGAAAUUAGGAGUGCAGCUGCUGAGCGUGAACAAGCCCAUGUUGAUAGGAACAUUGCACGUAAGCUCACACCUGCAGAACGCCGUGAGAAAAAAGAGAAGAAGCUCUUUGAUGAUCCAAACACGCUUGAGACCAUCGUUUCUGUAUAUAAGAUUAAUGAUCUCUCACACCGGCAAACUCGA